UGAGAAAGGAUAUGCUCGGUGGUGGCUUUGUUGAGAGGUCGAGAACGCCCCCCCGACGGCAAACGCGCCAGCAUGAGUCACAGCCACACCGCGACCCUCCUGCAGCGAAGACUUUUAGUUGGGCAUUCCCGCCUGUUUUUGUUCCGGAAUUUCAGACAUUUUCACCUUGUUUCAGGUCUAUGAUGUGAAUAUUCCUUAAGAAAAUGUUCGCAGAAACGAAACGACAUCAAUCGAUGGAGAUCUGCGGCGAGACCGGCAAGGUGUGCAUCUGAGCAAUGCUACCCCGCUCACGGAUCGCUUUGGAGCUCGGCGUGGCCGGGCCAAGUGUAUGGAUUUCCAAAGUCGCAUUUGAUUUGUCGAUCUGAUCUGUAGGUAGACCGUGCACACCGUUCCUUAAGUACCUUUUUCUGUGUCCUCACUUUUCAUGGCUUCCAGUUCCGCAUCCUUGUCCCGGCAGUUGUCCCUGACGAUUGCAUCCGCCGUGUCGUGCCAGCGAACGCAGUCUGCGUUCUCGACAAACCGUCCCCGUGUGGAUUUCCCCGUACUGUACAGAUGGAGCUCUUGCUGUCUGUCCACGUCUGCUGUCCGGCGCGUCGCGGGUGAGCGUGCCCAGGGUGAGUCCGGUUCAUUUUCAAAAAACACAGAUGCUCCUGAAAGGACUCGCGAGACGCGCGCCGACGGUGACAGCUCUUCACAAGGUGUUAAUCUGAGUGGCGGAACGGCUGACUCGCGGUUUGCUUGUGUGGAGGGAAGAUGUACCGGGCAGAAGCAGGCAGAGAGUUGCCGACACACGUGUUUCAGCCAGGAUGGACGCCCGAACAGCGGCGCUGGGGCUUUCCGGAGGUCGGGAGAAGGCGGGAGCGCGUCACCGACUUCUUCAAAAAACCCAGCGCUUCGCGGGUCGGUUACUCCAAUGCAUCGUGCUUACCGCUUCGACAGAAUUCUGGACUCGACAGAAGCAGACCCUCAGACCGUGGCGUACCUCGACAGGCUCGCGAUGACGGGGUUGAAGACGCUGGAGGUGCCACAAGACGUGAAAACGAAACUCGAGGUUUUGCUCAAGCAAGUCAGUCAAAAGCGAGACUUGGAAAACAUGGGCCGGUUCAUCAUGGCAAAACUCACUGCGCGCACCUCCGUCGAGCUGCCGAGAGUGCUGCCCUCGCGGCUGUUGCACAAUCCGCACGGUGACGACGCGUCACCCGACCCCAGAGACGAGGCAGAAGACGGGACUGACACAGAGGGUGGAAAGGCCGACGACUACGAAGCCGCUGCAGCCCACUCUGACCAAGAGGCACUCGCUUUCGCUGAAGACCGGAGGCACCGUCUUUUCAGGAAGUUCAUGGGAAGCCACUCCCCCGUCAGCGCCGCAGCGUACACCGCCCACCGGUACGCGGCCGUGUACGCUUCCUUGGUCAGAAUUCUGUCAGAAAUCAAGCUGCGCGCGCCAGACUUCAAACCGAGGAGAGUCAUGGAACUGCAGGCGGGUUUCGCGGCGGGCCUCAUGGCAACGUACCAGAUCUGGGGUUCGAGUCUCGGCGACUUGCCCGCCGAUGCGGCGCUCGCAGCCAGCCACACUUCUUCUGAGUGCGGAUCGUCUGAGGGGAAAUCGGCGGCUGCUGGCGAGCCGAGAGCGAGCGGCGAUACUGCGAGUGGCUUCGAGUACCUCUUGGCCGUCGAGAGAUCCGUGCACCUCGCGAACGUCGGAAAGUACCUGACGGCCGAGUUCGUGCCGAAAGUCAACUGGCAACUGGGAUUGUACGAAGAGGGCACUGAAGAAAGUUCGGGCGUCGACACAUCCGGGGCAGACAAAGCGUCGACCUCGGGGCAGCGGCGGCGCCUGGACCUGGUAAUCAUGCCGCACUGUUUGCUGAGUUCUGUCGACGGCCAGGAAAGUCGCCACAUGCUCGUGCGAAACGUAUGGAACCGCCUGAGUCACGGCGGCGUUCUGGUCCUGGCAGAGCGAGGCACACCGACAGGCUUCCGUGCCAUCCACGCGGUUCGCGAGCUGUUCAUCAAAGAGCUGGGCGUCGGAAAGUUCCACUUUCUGGCACCCUGUCCCCACGAAAGCAUUUGCCCUCUGGCACUGACUGGCCGAGACUGGUGCCACUUUGCUCAGCGCGUGCGCAGGCUGCCGCACCACCUCUACUGCAAGGGCAGCCGGGCAAAGAACGUGGAGGAAGACAAGUUCUCGUUCCUCGUCGUCCGGAAAAUGGAGGGUCCGCGGCGCAAGUACGUGUCGGAAGGCGAGUGCGCUUCUCUGGAGGAACAGAGCCACUUCUGGCCUCGCGUGGUGAUGCCCGUCGUGAAGGCCGGCCAACACUGUCUUCUCGACGUCUGCGCUCGACCUCACACCUUCGAGAGAGUCGCCGUCAGCAAGAGCAUGCCGCACGGCGCUGGUUACAAAUUCGCCAGAAAGGCUGCCUGGGGAGAUCUGUGGAGGUUUCCCAGGAGGGUGAUCCGGCCAGAAGCUCGCGGGUACACCAGCGAAGAAAUGCAGCAGCAUCUACUGCGACUCGCCGCAAAAAAUCGCGCGAAGGAAGCCAGGGGUCGUGAAGGUUCCGAACAGGUCGGAUCCAGGGAAGAACGCGAACGCUUGGAAGACGAAUUCGUCAGGUUCUUCGGGAACUAAGAAAACAGUUCUAAACCAGUUUGUAACAGCGAUUCAGAGCGUUCCUGAAUGGUGCGUUCGAGCAUGUUUUGCGGGGUUUAGAAAGCCACAAACUUGUGGUUUGGUAGCAUUUGUGUCAACGCGCCAAUGACCGACAAAAACCGGCGCAACUCAUGUGAUUAACUUAACAGCUGUGGCUGUCUUCAGCAGUCCCCGGAAUCUCGUCAGGUUUGGCGCUACUGCGAAACUUCCGUCUUCCCGCGAGAGCUCCUUGGAGCUGUUUUCUGAGGUUUCUUGCUAGUGGGAAAGCUCUGCGACGAUUCUUGCGAGGUGGGACUUCUCUGUCAGUUUUCCUAAACAACAAACACUAGUUCAUUUUCAGGGACGUGGACAUCCUGUUACAGGGGAAGGAAUAUCGUCCACUAGUGGCAGCAGGG